CAUAGCACAAGCUUGAGAAUCCUACAUAUUUGUCCACUCACAUUAAUCAACUCGAAUUGAACUAUUUUCACUUCCGAAGAACGAAGAAGCCAUAUCCCCCAUUUUUGGCAAAAAAAAAAAAAAAAAAAAAAUGAGCAAGAACAAGGUUCUGGUAGUGGGCGGCACAGGUUACUUAGGUCAGCAUCUUCUAUCAGGAUUUUUCGAGAGUGAUGGAGUUCCAUAUGAUAUCGCGUUCACUUAUCACUCAUUUGCGCCUGGAGAUUUGUUACGAGCUCUUCCUCAUUUUCUUGCAUUUCAAGUUGAUUUAAAAUCUGGUCAAGGAUUCGAUACCAUUGCGGAGAAAUUUGGCCAGCCCGAUAUUGUUGUUAAUUGUGCUGCUGUCUCUGUCCCUCGUGCCUGCGAAACAGACCCUGUUUCUGCACUGUCUAUCAAUGUGCCUACCGCCCUUGGAAAUUGGCUGCUUAGUUUUGAAGGGAGGAAUACCCUUCUCAUUCAUCUAUCAACUGAUCAAGUUUAUGAAGGCGUGACAUCAUUCUAUAAGGAAGAAGAUGAAACCAUUCCUGUGAAUGUUUACGGGAAGUCAAAGCUAGCAGCUGAACAGUAUGUUUCUGAGAAAUUUUCUAACUUUGCAAUCUUGAGAUCUAGUAUCAUUUUCGGUCCUCAGACCAUCUCACCUGUUCCUAAAUCUCUUCCAGUUCAGUGGAUUGAUGCUACCUUGUCUAAAGGAAGUGAAGUUGAAUUCUUUCAUGAUGAGUUUCGAUGUCCUGUGUAUGUCAAGGAUGUCGUGAAUGUCAUCAUAACGUUGAUUAAGACAUGGAUAUCAGAGGGCAAGCAAAUGCAAUUGCUGUUAAAUGUUGGUGGACCAAAUCGUGUAUCACGUGUUGAAAUGGCUGAGACUGUCGCAGAAAUUAGAGGGCACAAGAAAUCAUUGAUCAAAAGAGUGUCUGCAUCAUCAAUCGAUCGAGGUGUAAAAUCUCCUGCCGACAUUUCAAUGAACAUUAGUAAACUGGUCCAGAUACUUGCCAUUUCUCCUGUUUCAUUCACCGACGGUGUCAGAUUGACACUUGCAACCGAGACGACGGAGUGAUUUGCAUUGGACAUUGUAAUGAUAUGCAAUACACCUGGUGCGGCUUUGGUUUUGAAGGCUCAACGACACAAAUUUGGUUAUUAAAGUCUGUAAAUUUCUCCAGCAAAUUAAUUUCCUUUUCUUGGUUUUUACAUAAAGGCUUGCAUCUUUUUUCGUUUUUCAAUCAUCAAGAUUCUAAGAAAAUUCGGUUUUCAAUCAAGAUUCUAAGAAAAUUCGGUUGACUACUAUCA